AUUGUUAAUAAGACGAGCCAAGACAGAAAAAAGUUCAAAGUUUCGCCAAAAAGAGAAGAGGAAGAAAAAGGGAAGAAGAAGAAAGUGGGGAUCAGCCGAACGCUGCCUUGUUUUGAUUCUUUCCUUUAGGUUAACCGAAGAUGGCUGACUCAGAAAAAAAGGCAGCGCCUGCUGCAACACCUGCCAAGGCAGCGGCUCCGGCCCCAGCCGCUGCUGCGCCUGCUCCCGCCCCUGCACCUGCCAAGCCAGCUGCAGCUGCUGCUGCUAAACCUGCCGGUGCAACUGCAGCCAAACGCACCAAGAAGAAGCCCACUGAGAAGAAGAGGAAGCUCAUCGAUGUCGCCAAGAUCAGGAAGCAGAGGUUGAAGAAGAAGAUCAAGCUUAGGAUGCCCAUUCCUGCCAGGACCAUUGAGCCCGCCAAGCCAGGCGAGGAACCAAAGAAGCUUCCGGCUGUUCCCGAGGUUGUUCUGCAGCUCAGAAAGAAGAAGGCUCUCAGGAGGAGGGAUAGAUUCUUGCAGGCCCGACUUAAAGCCAAGGAGUUGAAGAAGAUGCGCUCCAAAAUAUUCAAGAGGGCUGAAAAGUAUAUCAAGGAGUACAGGCUUCUUGAAAGACAAGACAUCGAAUUGAACCGCAAGGCCAGAGAUGAAGGUUCCGUCAUCGUGCCAGCAGAGGCCAAGUUGGCAUUUGUUGUUAGGAUUAGGGGUGUUAACCAAAUUCACCCCAAGGUGCGCAAGGUACUGAAAUUGUUCCGUCUCCUCCAGAUCAACAAUGGUGUCUUCGUUAAGCUGAAUAAGGCCACCCUUAGUAUGCUUCGUAUUGCUGAGCCCUUCAUCGCAUGGGGCUACCCAAGCCUCAGGACAGUUAGGGAAUUGAUCUACAAGCGUGGUUUUGGCAAGAUCAACAAGUCCCGCAUUCCACUGACUGACAACUCUUUGAUUGAAAAUGCCUUGGGCAAGAGGGAUAUCGUUUGUGUUGAAGACAUGAUCCAUGAGAUUUACACAGUUGGCAGGAACUUCCAGCGAGUCACUAACUUCCUGUGGCCCUUCAAGCUGAACAACCCAACUGGUGGAUGGAGAAAGAAGACCACUCACUACGUAGAAGGUGGUGACUUUGGCAACAGGGAGGAGAAGAUCAACGAACUCCUCCUCAGGAUGAUCUAAGUGAAAUAAAGGGAAUCACUUAAC